AUGCAAUCAUCGAGAGAGAGGGAAUUGAAACCAUUGAAGAACAAUUUGAAAUCUGGUAUUUGUGCCAAAGAAGGAAGUCGCAGUACUAAGGACAGUAAAGCUAUCCUUGAAGCACAGCACAGUCUAUGUUUCCAACAGAUUGGGAAUGAGAUGAAAGCUGAUUAUGAAGAGCACGAUGCUAUUCUGAUCGCUUGUUGCAUGAUGCAGAUCAAGGCCAAGUUUGAUACUGACGAAGGUCUGAACUUCAUCCAGCAGUAUUACACCAAUCAAGGACUGAAGAAGUUUGGUCAUGAUGGAAAGGAUGCUGUGGAUAAGGAAUUGAGACAACUGCUCCUGAGAAAUUGUUUCACUCCCCAAUUUGUUAAAGACACGACCGCGUCUGAGCAAAAGAAGGCCCAAUCAGCAAUGAUGUUACUCACAGAGAAGCAAUUCGAGAAGACAAUUAAAGGUUGCCUAGUAUACCAAGGCGAUGGUACUCGUGAAUGGUUAUCACAAGAGGACACUGCAAGUCCAACUGCUUUGCAAGAAGCAAUCACCACUACUUGUGUUAUUGCUGCACACAAAGAGAACGGAAAGCGAGUAAUCUAUGAGCGGGUACUACGUGCUAUAUAUGGGAUGUUGCAAUUGAGCCUCCUAUUCUAUAAUCAGUUUCAAAGUGAUUUGGAGGCAAAGGGAUUUGUUUUCAAUCCGUAUGACCUGUGUGUUGCUAACAAAGUUGUUGAUGAAAAACAGCAAACUAUCAGAUUUCAUGUUGACGAUUUUAUGUCAAGUCACAUGGACCCAAAAGUGAAUGACAAAUUUGCUGAGUGGUUGAACAUGAGAUAUGGUUCGAUCAAGGCAUGCACAAUCGUAAGAGGAAAGAUACACAGAUAUCUUGGAAUGACUUUGGAUUUCUCGGUGAAAGGAAAACUCAAGAUCCGCAUGGACGACUAUGUCAAGAGCAUCUUAGAAGAUUUUCUUAUCAAGUUCAACAAGGAGUCAAAGCAGGAAACACCAGCUGGUAACGAUUUACUGGAAGCUGGUAAAGGAAAGCUACUCAGUGCUGAGUACCAUCAGAUCUUCCAUACUACUGUUGCAAGGGGACUUUAUGUCUCUAAGAGAGCUAGUUUGGAUGUCCAUCCAACGAUUACUAUUCUUGACUUGAGAGUUUGA